AUGACCGGCUCUGCGGCCGGCACUCAUCGCUGCCCCCACCCUAAGGGCGCCAAAGGCACCCGGUCCCGGAGCAGCCACGCGCGACCCGUGAGCCUCGCCACCAGCGGGGGCUCGGAGGAGGAGGACAAAGACGGCGGGGUGCUGUUUCACGUUAACAAGAGCGGCUUCCCCAUCGACAGCCACACCUGGGAGCGCAUGUGGAUGCACGUGGCCAAGGUGCACCCCAAGGGGGGAGAAAUGGUGGGCGCCAUCAGAAACGCCGCCUUCUUGGCAAAGCCUUCAGUACCCCAGGUGCCAAACUACAGGCUGUCGAUGACUAUCCCAGACUGGCUCCAGGCAAUCCAGAACUACAUGAAGACACUACAAUACAAUCAUACAGGGACCCAGUUCUUUGAAAUUAGGAAAAUGAGACCGCUGAGUGGGUUAAUGGAAACAGCGAAGGAAAUGACUCGGGAGUCCUUGCCUAUCAAAUGCCUUGAAGCCGUCAUCCUGGGCAUAUACUUAACCAAUGGACAGCCUUCCAUCGAGCGAUUCCCCAUCAGCUUUAAAACCUACUUCUCAGGAAACUGCUUUCACCAUGUUGUGCUGGGGAUUUACUGCAAUGGCCGCUAUGGCUCACUGGGCAUGAGCCGAAGGGCUGAGCUGAUGGACAAGCCGUUGACCUUUAGGACUCUGAGUGACCUUAUCUUUGACUUUGAAGACUCCUACAAGAAAUACCUGCACACAGUCAAGAAGGUCAAGAUUGGGCUGUAUGUCCCCCAUGAGCCUCAUAGCUUCCAGCCUAUUGAGUGGAAGCAGCUGGUCCUCAACGUCUCAAAGAUGCUGAGGGCUGACAUAAGGAAGGAGCUGGAGAAAUAUGCCAGGGACAUGAGGAUGAAGAUCCUGAAACCUGCAAGUGCCCACUCUCCAACCCAAGUGAGAAGCCGGGGAAAAUCCUUGUCCCCCCGAAGGAGACAGGCAAGCCCCCCGAGACGGCUCGGCAGGCGAGACAAGUCGCCUGCUCUGCCUGAAAAGAAGGUGGCUGAUCUCAGCACUCUGAAUGAAGUGGGCUAUCAAAUCCGAAUUUAGGCAAAGCCAUACACCAACCAGCAAGAGGGCUUCAAUGGUGCUUCUCUCUGCACUUUACCCAGCAUCUUCAGGAGGAACUGCAACUAUUUAUUAAGAACUUGUGAAUUUUAUUUUUAAGGCUUCACUUGGAAAUAGAAUGAGUGGGCGGAAACUAGAAAAUUUACAAAGGGGCAACUAUGAAAAGGCUAAAAUCAUAAACCCCACUGGGGUUGGACUGCCUCCCUCACUCCAGAUAGAAAAGAUAAUACCAUAACUGUAGUUCUGUAUUUUUCCACUUACUUACAUUCUUUUACUUGCUUUGAACAUUCUGCCUCAUGAACAGUAGUAAAUGUUCAUGAAACCCUCCCUCCCACUUUUGAUAUAGUAAGGUAACUCAAUCAGUGUUAAUGUCUUUUGCAGCAAUAACAGAGGCAAAGAUUGGUGGGGUUUUUUUUAAGCAGUCAAUAUUACCUCAGCAUCUUGACAUCAGAUAUGCAAACUUAAUGGUGGUUUUUUUUUUUUUUUAAUAUAUAUAUAUUCUAUUUGUAUUGUUUCCCCAGUAUUUCCCACGGGGAUCUCCACAAAGUUUGGAAAUUUUUUCCUGGUGCAUACAUGUGAUGAGAUUUAAGGUAUUAUAUGCAAGUGUUUUGCUAAAAGCACUGAAAUUCUUUUGGCAAUACGGGAAACCAUUUUCAGGAUCUUGGAGUUAACUUCUUUCUUAAUCUUUCUUAAAGCAUUCACUGACAGCCGUUUUUGUUCUUUCAAAAAAAAACAAAAAAAGCACGUUCAGAAGCUAGUCUAUGUUCUGUCACUAACAUUUAAACUUUGCAGACUCGAGCAAAAAAAACAGAAGAGGUCACACACUAUUAUAAAAAUUUAGCAGUAUUGCAAUAACCUCUGGCAAUAACACACUCAGAAAGGUAAAUCUGUAGGUCUUGAGAAACAGGUAACCUUUCUGUUCACAUUUCAUCAGAUUUUUCAACUCUGAGGCAGGCCUUGAUUCUGAAGGACUCGUUGUUGUUAGAGACGUGUUCUGAUGUCUUAUAUUAAGACCAAAUGUGACGCAAUGUGAUUAUUUUCCAGUAUCUUGCUUUUCAGUACCACUUCAUGACAUUUAGGAAUUGGUAUUGGAACAUGCAAUGAGUUAGAGAAGUGGAACUUCUUUUUAAAUGGAAAAGUCUUCAAGUACAAUGUUACACCUUAUAGCGUGACUUAAUCCCUGAAGCAAGUAUGACUAUCUGGCCUGCAUAUGGUAGUUACAGUGUAACUUCUGGCUGCAGACCCCACAGAAUAACUCUAACAGCAUUCCAAGUCUGUUUGUUAUCAAGAGUACAGCUUCCCGUUUCAUUUGUUCUAAUAACCAUGCCAACUCAUGAGACCAAAAGGCAUAUUUAAGUGACAUCUGCUAGUCAACAAAAGUGUUACUUUAGUCUUAGUGCUUCCCUUCUGGCUUUCUUUGACUGAGGGUGAUUUUAGGAAGUGAGUAAAAAAAUAAACUGCUCAUUGAGGUUAUUUUCCUGAGGCUGACGUGGAGAGCAAAAGGACUUCAUCCUUUAGCCAUGUGCACAGGAGCUCACUUUACCCUAAAAAUCAAUAUUACUACUGGAAAGUACUAUUUUCUUAAAGAAGUCUAAUGAUCUUUACAUGAACAGGAGCAAGUAAGUAUACAUCUUGAUUAGAUUAAAAUACGGCGUAAGUUACAAAUUCUGAACUUAAUCAUUUUCUUCAAGAAUAACAUCAGUUAGUAGUAAAUAAAUUAAUCUUUAUAUAUCUUCACAAGGCAAACCCAUUUGCAGCCUCAUGGCCACAAGUAUUUAGAUGUUUGAAGUGAGUGAAUCAUUUCAUUCUCAUUCUAAAACAAACUGACUCCUCUCUGAGAUAUUACACACACACACACACACACACACACACACACACACACACACACACGGUGCCAAAAAAAAUGUAUACACAUUUUAAGAAAGGGAAAACCUGUAUUAAAGUUGUAAUACUCAAUAUAUGCCUAUAACAAAAGAUGAAUACAAGUCGCGUAUACAUUUUUUUGGCUCCCCUGGUAUAUACAUCUUAUCAAUCUGAAACUUUAUUAUAUCCAAUAAGUAGAGAAUAAUAUUGCAAUCAUUCUAAGAACUUGGAAUAGGAUUUUCUAAGCGUUACUUAAGGACUGUCCCAACUAAAAUAUAGAAAGUCAAUAGUUGCAUAGCCUCAUUUCCGACAAAAAAGGGGAAAAUAAUAGGAAUACAAACUGUUUCUAAUAUGAUGUAUAGGUCUUAAAACUGCUAAGUGGUUUGAUUAUUCAAUUAAGUAACCUAAUGUCUUCCACACUAACUUCUUGAUUGUACGAUUCAUUUCCCCAAAACUAGUUAGUUACAGAAACAUGAAAAUUCACUGAAAAUGUUCUUAGUUGUCACUCUGUUUUAAUACCUAUGGAAUGUUAAUUUCUAAAAGAUAUGGGAAAGGCACCAAACCACUAAAUUCUAGUGCAGUAACUUAAAUAUUGAAGGCACAACAAACCAAAAAACGAAAAACCCAUGACAUGAUUUACCCCAAAAACUGAUUUUAAAAUUAGCUAUAAUUCAAAAGAUUAAAAUAAAAUGAUUUGAAAUCUAGUUUUGAAAAAGUUAUCAAUGCAAGAGAUAUUUGAUGCGUAAGCCAUUUGGCAAUAUAUGCAAAGUUUAAAUGAAUGACAGAAACCUUGAAUUUAGACUACAUGUUGUGCUGUUUUGAGUACACUUUGUUUCAGAAAGUGGUAUUUAGUAUUUUCUAUACACUGAAAUCAUGAGCAUUUCACUUUUUCUAAGUCAAUUAUUUCAUAAGGAUUUUAUUAAUAGAUACUGGUAAAUAGAACUUUGGAAAUCUUGAUUCAGUAUUCUUACUAUACCCAAGGCUUUUGUAAGCUAUAGUUUUAUGUACAACCUUGUACAGUUUUUUUGACAUACAAUUCAGAAUCUUGUUUAUUCUCUUGGACUUUGUUCUGGCCAAUACAUUUUUUUCCCCUUAAUCUUUAAGGAAAACUGUGAUUGUUUUAGUGGAUAUUUUUCUAAGUAAAUGAAAACUUGUAUAAUAGUAUUUUAGAGAAUGCCAGAUAGUGCAUGUUUCAAGUUAAUGUUUUUCUCAUCACCUGUAUGUUUAUACAGCAUGGGACUUUAAUAAAACCAUCCUGGAAACUUAAGGAUUGUUUUUCUUCUAAAAAAUGGAAGAUGGUGUGAUCUUUUUUUUCCCUUGUCCUCUUAUUAUAUACUUGUCCUAGUCAACUAACUUAUCACACUGUCACACGUGUCUUCUUCCACAAUUUUCAGACUCUAUAUUAAACAUCACUCUAUUUUGGCACAUCUUAAUUCACUUACAUUUUAACAUCAGCCUAAGUAAUAAAGGCUGAAAUGGGUAAUAAAAUUGUUUAGAAGAGGCAACAGGCAAGCCUUCGCAGCUUAUUCCAUACACCUACCACAAAACCUUCUGGCACAGAUGUACUAGUAUAAUAAUUUAUUAGGUAAUUUAUAGAUACACAGUGCAAGUGACUUGACAUCUGUUUCCGCAAUCCCCUGAACUCUCUGGAUUCUAACUUAGUUUUUUAGGAAAGCAAAGGGUUAAAAGCAGAAAGUUGCUAAAUUCAAAAAAAAAAAAAGAAUUCAAACAUGCAUGUUCUUUUUGUAUCAAAAGGUACAGUAAACCAAAAUUUCAUUAUGGUAUCCCUUUCCAUUUAAAACUUGGAUAGUAUAGCAUUUGAAGUUGUAGGAGACUUGGUUUUAGCAAUUAACCAGAUUUCACUGCUUUUGGUGGGUAAAUACAAGGCUCCAACAGAGUUACCAACUCUUCUGACCAGAAAAAGUAAAAACAAUUGGAUAACUACUUUUCGUAGAGCUUUAAAAAUGUGUGAAAAAGUUACAUUGACCCUUUG